AUGGCAUUGGUGAAUAGGCCAGCGGCUGCCGAACUGAAGGAGCUUUUGGAGGCGUCGUACAACUUGCCCAAUGCGACGUGUGAUUUAGGUCGUGUUCGGCUCGGACUUCCCGAGCUUCAGCACGUGGUGAAGACUCGUACACCUGCUGGAGCAAAGAUAGACGCCAAGGCCCAUUAUUUGUUGGCUGGAUCGGGGUUUAAUGCUGAACAGGUUCACUCUGAGAUUGGAAUGCUGAGAUUCUCUGUUGAGCAGGAUCAAUCUCGGCCCACUGGCUCGGCAACUAGAGGUGUUGAGGGCUAUCUAUCUUCGAAAAAGACUGACAAUGUAUUCGCUUCCAUUGAUUCGUUGGUGCAGUCUUCUGCGCAUGAUUUCGAUUAUUUUGUUGCCCAAAAACUAGCUUUGGACUGGCGUGGACUCAAGCAGCAGAUCCAAACAAUGCUGGGUCUCGCUUCUAACGCUCAGGGCGCGCCUGCUUCGCAAUCAAUCCAGAACAGUGAUACUUCUGCAUUCCCUGCGGCGUCAGAUAUGACACUGGCUGCAAUUAACUGGGGUAGACGUCGUGUUGGCCGAUUUCUACUGGGAGAAGCGUCUACAGAGAUUCCCGAUGCCUCAGCUGUCCAACGGGCCCAUGAUUUUGCUGCGGUAGUAACAGAGAUUAAUGAUGCUUGGCAAUUAAACAAGCCCUUCAAUGUUGCUCGUCGCUUUUGUGAAGUCUCUGCAGCGUACGAAUUAGCAAACUGCCCUCAAUUGAACGAUACUUGGAAGGCCAUCGAGCUGCUGGCGGGACCGCAGCCCAAUCUCCGUCAAUUCUCGAAACAAUAUUUGAGCACGCGCCCCACCGACCAGACCCGCAUGCGUCAACUGAUUACGUUCAAGUCGAAGGAGUACUUGGAGCAACAGUAUCGUGCCUACAUUGAGGGCGAGAUCGACUCUCAUCGUCAUGAAGCUAAUCUUGGUGGUGUACCGUCAAGUUAUAACAAGGUCAAGGCAUUUGUUGCCCUCAAGUUUUUCAGAAACGGUCAAUGGGACUCGAGGAUUGAGACAAUCAACAAAACACCGAUUUGGGCCCAGCUGUACUACUUGGUUCGUGCUGGCUACCUCAAAGAAGCAUCUCAGCUGGUCCUGGAACGCAACGACAUUUUCGAGUCGGUCGAAAGCACCUUUGCUGCUUAUUUCACUGCUUAUUUCCAGUCACCAGAUCACAUGCUAUCCGAACAUUACCGUGAAAUGAUUCAUUUAGAAUACGCACAGCUUUUCCGCCCAGGCGCGGUAUUUGACCCUUUCAAGCAGGCACUCUACAAGAUUAUUGGGCGUUGUGAACUCCAGCGUAGCUCAUUGCCUCAGGUGGCUGUCACCACAGAGGACUGGAUGUGGCUUCAGCUGGCCCUUGUUCGCGAAGCUGUUUCGGGUACUGAACUCCGAAACGAUCGAUACGAUCUCACCGAUUUGCAGCGUGUUGUUCUGGAGACCGGGCCCGAACACUUUGAACCUACUGGCUUGAACCCUGGCAAGUAUUUCGGCUUGCAGAUUCUGAUUGGUCUUUACGAAAACGCAGUGGAGUUUUUGUACAAAUCUCAUGAACUUUACGCUAUUCAUUACGCUAUUGCUCUCGCAGCGUACGGUCUGCUUCGCCCUGAUGAUACUCCGGAUAUGCCAGCCAACGACAGUGCAGUGGCCACCAACGCUGAUAUUAAGACAUUUGACUUUGCUGGAGCAGUUGGUAGAUACACCAGGAUCAUGCGGAGCAGCGAACCUGAGAGUGCUGUCAACUACCUUGUCCUUAUUGCCCUUUCUGCUGAUCACAACCCUGCUCAGCUUACACUGUGCCACGAAGCACUUCAGGAGCUUGUCCUUGAAACGCGCAAGUUUCCAGAACUCAUUGGGGAUUCACAGGAUGGUGGUCCUCAGGGUGCAAUUGAUGCACGCCGUGAGCUUAUUGGCUUGGCAGCCAAGAAGAAGUAUCUGCAUGUCAUUGCUCAUGGAUCGGCAAUCAAGGCAGAUGGUGACGGGCGUGUGCUUGAUGCUAUUCUGCUUUAUCACUUGUCCGAGUGCGAUGAAAAGGUCCUAGAAAUGGUCAACCAUGCAUUGGGCCAGACAUUGGCAUCUGCCGAACUCGGACAGCCGCUUUCCAGCACGCCUGGAGAUCCUCUGAUCUCUGGAUUUUCUUCUAACAGCGACCCAGUGCAGCUGGCCCGCAAUUUACUGCGAAUCCAGCAGCAAAACCUCUCUUUACGACCGGAUACUACCGUCACCACGUCAUCUCGACGCCAAACUACUCAAACGUUGUUGCUGAUUGCCGAGGCUAUUGACCUACUGGCAGAGAAACGAUACAACGAGUGCUUAGAGCGUCUCAGCGAGUCAGGAAUCGUGAUCCUGUCCGCGUCAAUUGCCGAAGUUCGUGAACAUGCCCUGCAGUUCAACCGGUACGAUGAAUCGGUUGCUCGUAAUAUCCCUAACGUGCUUGUGAUUGCCAUGGAAUGCUGCGUAGCACUAAUACAGAGCCUGCAGACCUCCAACAACCCUGCCUCUGCCUAUAUUAUUGCCCAACAUAAGCGGUGGGCUGCCAACUGUAUGAUUUACGCUGGCCUUUUACAAUACAGAAUGCCGCGCCAAGUGUAUACGCGUUUGACUCAGCUGGAGCUUAAUCUGAGCCGAUAG